GCAGCAGCAGCAGCAGGAGGAGCAGAAAGGGGAUAUCUGGCGGGACUUGGAGGCGUGGUCCCAGACAGAGCUGCCCCCUCCUCUCAGCCUCCAGACUUCCCUUCCCGGGCCCUGGCAACAACGAAGGGAGUCGUAGCAGCCUUUUCCUGAAAUUAUUGGAACAGAACCAUGGGAAAAGAAUUGUUGCUGUACCUGUUGACGUACAACUUGUGAUUGGAUUGUGAAGGUUCUUCUAGGUUAACUGUUUCCUCCCCCCUGCCUCAUGAGAGGUAGUGAGAGACAUCUUAUCAAUCUAAUAAUAAGACAUGAGUAUACACUUGACUCUUCAGAUUUCCUAUAAAUUCAGACUGUUGCUGCUCUUUGCAUUAUGCAUAGUGGUGAUUGGAUGGGCCACCUCAAGCUACCUGAUUGCUGCCAUCCAAGAGAUUCCUAAAGCAAAGAUUUUCAACAGGACUAUAAUUUGGAGAAAUGAGUUAACUUCAUCCAAUAAGGCUUCCAAGACACAAUCUAAAUUGAAAAAAUGUCCUCUUUUGUCUCCAUACCUGAGAGGAACCAGCAAACUUAUUUUCAAGUCAGAUCUCACAUGGGGAGAAGUACAGAGAGAGAAUCCUAAAGUUCAGAGCGGCCGUUACCACCCAGAAGACUGUCAGGCCUUACAACGGGUUGCCAUCCUAAUUCCACACCGGAAUAGGGAGAAACACUUAUUGUACCUGCUGAAACAUCUCCAUCCAUUUUUGAAGAGGCAGCAAGUGGAGUAUGGCAUCUAUGUCAUUCAUCAGGCUGGAGAUGACAAAUUUAACAGAGCCAGACUCCUGAAUGUUGGCUACCUAGAAGCCCUUAAGGAAGAAAAUUGGGAUUGUUUUAUAUUCCAUGAUGUGGAUCUGGUACCAGAGAAUGACUUUAACCUCUACAUGUGUGAUGCUCAUCCAAAACACCUGGUGGUUGGCAGAAACAGCACUGGCUACAGAUUGCGUUACAAGGGAUAUUUUGGAGGUGUUUGUGCUCUAACAAAAGACCAGUUUUACAUGGUGAAUGGAUUCUCCAACAACUACUGGGGCUGGGGUGGAGAAGAUGAUGACCUCAGAAUCAGGGUGGAGAUGCAAGGGAUGAAAAUAUCUCGGCCACCUCCUUCCAUAGCCAAAUACACAAUGAUCUUCCAUACCAGAGAUAAAGGCAAUGAGAAGAACUCACAAAGGAUGAAGCUAUUAAAGCAGGUGUCACGAGUCUGGCAAAAAGAUGGACUGAACUCUUGUUCCUAUAACCUGCUGUCUGUGCAACACAAUCCUUUAUAUGUCAACAUCACAGUGGAUUUCGUUGUGACUUCAUAAUCCUGCAUUAUUCCGUUGAGGUUUUUUGGGGAAAGGUAGACUCUCCAGUUGCAGUAGUUAUCGUAAUGUCUGGAAAUUUUGAACCUGACAUCCCCCCCAACCCCAGCCCUUCUCGCCUCUGUCACCGAGCGGUGGACACGGUGAAAAACUGGCUGCUGGGUGUGACUAGUUUGAAUUUUUCCUUCUUGUUUUUCAUGAGAAGCAUUGCCAAUGGCAUGGAGGGAAGAAGGCUAUUAGAACAGAAAAGUUUUCUUACAGAUGAGCUUAAGCAAGAAAGAGAAGGGCCCUUUGUGGCACAGAGCGAGAACCGUUCAAGGGCAUUUGUUGAAAGUGAUUUGGAAAAGUGACAGCUCAGGGGAUCCAAAGGUGUGGGCUGCAGGAGACAGCGUUGCCAGAUUGUCAGAGGGGUCAAAGCUGCUCUUGGGAGCAACGGAAAGGUAGAAAGAUUGAUGAGUGUCACUAGAGUCAGCUUGACUUGGAGAUCUCUGAGGGGGAGGGCAUCAGGUGGAGGAGUAGAAAGAAACAAAGUACAGGUGAGGGAAAGCCUAACAAGCAUCACUGGAAUAGAAAUGAGUAGCUGAGCAAAGGUACAGGACAGCGUAUUUGAGGAAGAAGAGGCAGUGGGGAAAAUGGAGUGUAGUUCCUCCCUGUAUGUUUUCUGCCUCAUGUAACUAGUCUCUUCUUCUUGCCUAUCUGGGGUGAGGUCAAAUGAGGUAGCCCUUUGAAUAGGAUGCGACAAGUUAAGGAAAACAUCUUAGAAGAGGAAGUUUUUUUUUUAACUAACUUCAUUUCCCUCUGCUAUCUCCCUUUCAUCCAAACUUCACCACCCCAUUAUCUGAAUCUUCCUGCUACUUUGCCUGAAAUCACUUUGUUACCACUGAGAUCAUUUCUUCUUCUCUUCAGUUGAAGUUUCUGAACUUCUGGCUAUUCCUGAUCUUUUGGGGGUUUUUUUCUUCCUGAUUUUGUUCUGUAACUGCUUAGCUCUUAGCUCUGUGCAUUUUUCCAGGCCUUCUCCAUGGACUCCAUACACAUCUCCAUUUAUUGAAAUCCUUCUCCCUCUAGAGCCUAGUUUAGGUGCUACCUCUUCCAAGAAACAUUCUGCUACUACCCACCAGCUUAAAGUCAUUUCUCUCUUCCAUUUUCUAGAACACUUUGCCUGAUCUCUUUUGCUCUUUUCCCAUUCUAAGAGCGCUAGAUUUAGAGUCACAGAACCUUAAUUUCAAGCUCUUGUCAGCUGUAUGACCUUGAUCAAGUCAUUUGACUUGGACCACUGACUUCUGGACCACACCUUCAUUUAAAUGAGAAGAAUCCUAUUAGAUAAUCCCAGUGUUUCCCUCCCAGCUUUAACUCUUAACUCUUGUAUAAUACUCAUUUGUAUAUCUUUUGUCCCUGCUGUUAGACUGCAAGCCUCUCAAGGGCAGGGAUUGUGACUUUUUUCAUCUUGAGUAGAAUUAAGUUGAAUCAUCUCUUUUUCCCAUUUGUUCCUCCUCACUCAGAUUCAAUUCUUGAGCCUCUUCUUUACCUGCCACUGUUUGACUAGGGGCCUAGGCUACUGCUAGUCCCAUGGCCCUUGGAGGAGCUUCCACCUUCCCCUGUCAGUUUAUUUCUUGGUCUUACCAUAGGGGCUGGCAUGGUUGCUGUUAUUACUCUGCUCUCAAUUAAGCAGCCAACGGCACUUGCUUGGGAGUGUUCUUUAUCUGCUACUAAUAAUAUAAGAGAACAUGUUGCCUACUAAUUUUUCUAGAUAUUUUUUAAUAAAAACUUUUUUUGCAUGUAGUUUUAGAAUCAGCGGUAAUUUUGUUAAAACUACAAUGUAUGUCCCAAGGGACUUUUGGAGUCAGUAUUUUAAUAUUUCAAAAGAUCUGUGCUUUUGUCAGUUAUUGUCCACUGAUGCAGAUCAUAGCCUUUCCACACUUUUCUGUGGGUCUUAGUGAGGUUGCUGUACUUAAAAAGAAAAUCCAUUGCCUAGGUAGGGUGGGGAACCCGAGGCCUCGGGGCCACAUGUGGCCCUCUAGGUCCUCAAGUUCAGUCAAAGGGCUGCACCUGAGGACCUAGAAGGCUACAUGUGGCCUCAAGGCUGCAGGUUCCCCACCUCUGAGUCCUAGAGGCCAACAUUCUGGUGAUAGGCCCCCCUCAAACAUAAAACCAAGUUGGUGCUUACCUUGGACAGUAGACAACAAAGUUCAUUCAUUGCUGGGCCUUCUCAUAAAGCCUUUACAGUGUAGAGCUUGAAGGAGUUGCCAGAGCUUGGGCUCUGGUUCUUCUAGGGUUAUUUUGAAAUCUCACUGCAGUAACAGAAUACAGGGAAGUAGCUUGCUUGAUCUUUGAACACCUCAGUGGUGUGUUUAAAGAAUCAUAUUCUGCUGAUUGAAUGCGUAUAUCCUUUGGGCAAAACAUUCUCUGAAACCCAUGUGGUAUUUUCUUGCUAAAAUCUCCAGGGCUGCUAGCGAGCUUUAUGCUUUAGAAGAGAGUCAGAUAGCAGAACCCCUUGGUUUAGAGAGAUUAUCUUUUGUCUGUCUUGUUUCUCUUCUAUUCGUAGCUUCCUGUUUCUGUGUUUCUGUCGUAAAUUAUUUUAAGUAUUAUGGAGUCAUCAUCUCAUCACUGCUGCUGGUCAUUGUUCUCUGAUCACUCUUUGCCAGCAUCUGGCUCAUCUGUCUGGAUGCUUUGAGGGAAUAAGUAUCCAUUUUCAUAUUCAAGCCUAAUACUUCCAGUGCCUGGCUUUUUAAAUAUCUCCAGUAGCAUUGGAUUAACUUUCCUCUUCCUCUGUUCCAGUUUUUUCCUUUGUUAAUCAUCCUUUUGGUGAGGCAAAUUAAUAUGCAGCAGUGGGAAGAUAUUUCAUACAUCCAUAUGGCAUAAAUAUUCUGUUUGAAACAGUCCUAUUGAAAAGCUGGGUAUUCAAUUAUGUUCAUAAUAUUAUUCAGCUCUUAUAAAUUAAUUCACUUUAAUCACAAUGAAGCCAAGAAUAUCAGGGGUAUGACUGAUCCCCAGGAACAGUAGUGUUCCCUCCAAACCAUCAACUCUGCUCUCAGCCUGGCCCAGAACCAUCAUCCAGGAAAACAAACCUUAUGGAAGAGGGGAGCCUGCCAUCCUCUCCCACCAAUCACCAACCAGCUGCCACCAACAGGGCAGACAAGCCAGCCUGGCCAGACAGACAGGAGGCACCAUGUUUCAGGUGGGUUAAACCACCACCAUCUCCCUUUGGACUUUGGAGAUAGCCCAGGAUCCAGAGUCCAAAAGUCUGGGAAAUUGCAUGGCCCCAGUCCUACUUCAAGCUUGGCUGUAGCAGACUCAGGAAGAAGCUUUGGCAGGAAUGUUACCACCAUAGCCAGUAUUUCUGGAACUCCCUUUUUAAUUCCUAUAACUCCCUUGUCCCAAGUGAGUUAUCAAAGCAGCAAUAUGCACAGAUUUCUUCCCUGCCUGUCUAGCGCCACCCCUUGUUUUCCACUGGACCUUAGGAAGGCAGGUUUCCUAUUAUCCUCAAAAAAAAAAAAGCUAGUGUUAAUUGUCUGUUUGGGGGGGUGGGGCAGGAGACUUUAGUUUAUCUAAGGCACAUUUAGGGACUGUAACUUCUACAGGCAUUAAAGAUAUCCAUACAACCAACAUACUAGGCUCUCCAGAGGUCACUUUGCAAUAGCGUCCUCCCUGAAGGGUUUUUAAUAUGCACCCCUUGGUACUUUGGGCAUCAUUGCAUCAUCACCUUUUUACCUCUGACACCCAUUUGGUGUAAGCUGUUGCUCAUCUUCUGCCCAUGAAGACUGCAUGAUGGUUUUCAAAAUGCCACAAAAGAGCAAGAAGCCUUAGCUUCUGCACUGUGCCAGUGCUGGUAACCGGCAGCGUCCCUGAGGAGGUGUUGAUGUUGAAUUAGGUUAUGAUGAACAAUUAAAGAAUGAGCCUAUG